AAAUUAAUCCAUUAAAAAAAAAGAGAUUAUACUAUAUCUUGUGUCUUCUUAAAAGGGUGAAAAGGUGAGAGAAGGAAGAUGAGGGAAGGUGGCAACAAAGAUGAUGAAUGGUAAUGGGAAGAAUAUCAUAUUCUUUCCAGCUCACCCGUUUAAUUCGGAUCUAUUUUCACUUUCUUUCUUCGUUUUCAUCACAAUCUCCACUUUCAACAACAAAAAAACCUUUCUUUCUAUUUUGUAUUUUCCCAAUAAUUUUUUUUAUCACUUUAAUCAUCCCAACCCAACAACAUCCUCUUUCUCAAACAAACAAAAAAAAACAUAAAAUAUUUAUUUAUUUUACAAAAACAAAUACAAAAACAAAAACACAAACUUUGUUGAAUUAAAACCCGAAAGAAACGUUUUUUAUCCAUUCAUGUUGAAAUAAAACACAAACUUUGUUGUCUCAAAAACAAAAAACACAAACUUUGUUUCAUUUCCUGAACUGGGUUUUAUUUAUUUUUCAUUUUCUGUAAAUGGGCAAUGUCACAGCAUCGGUGGCGGCAAAAUUUGCGUUUUUCCCGCCGGUGCCACCAACGUACGAAGUUGUGAAGGACAACGAUGGUGUGUUGGUGUUUUCAGGCAUAACCGAUAAAAACGUGGAGGUUCAUAUUGUAGACACAAAAGGAGGUAACAAGGUUGUUGCCACAUUAUGGAAACACCCUUUUGCAAGGUUUACUAUAUUGUACUCUCAUGGUAAUGCUGCUGAUUUGGGUCAAAUGGUUGAUCUUUUCAUUGAACUUAGAGCUCAUCUUCGUGUCAAUAUCAUGAGUUAUGACUAUUCUGGAUAUGGACGUUCUACAGGUAAGCCAUCUGAGUUCAACACGUAUCAUGACAUAGAGGCUGUAUAUAAUUUAUUGAAGACUGGAUAUGGAUUUAAGCAAGAAGAUUUGAUUUUGUAUGGUCAAUCGGUUGGAAGCGGGCCGACGCUACACUUGGCUUCUAAAUUGCAGAAUUUAAGAGGUGUUGUACUUCACAGUGCUAUUCUUUCGGGAUUAAGGGUCUUGUAUCCUGUCAAGGUGACAUUUUGGUUUGACAUAUUCAAAAAUAUUGACAAAAUUCGGUAUGUCAACUGUCCGGUGUUUGUUAUACAUGGAACUGAAGAUGAAAUUGUUGAUUAUUCUCAUGGAAAACGAUUGUGGGAACUAUCCAAGGAAAAAUACGAUCCCUUGUGGGUUAAAGGUGGAGGUCAUUGCAACCUUGAAACUUUCCCCGAGUACAUCAAGUAUAUGCGCAAGUUUAUUAACGCAAUGGAGAAAAUUAACAUCACUUGUCAAACAAACAAACAACAACUCACUCAAAAUCCUAGUAUUACUGAAUCUAGACAUAACAAAUGCUUAAGAUUUGGUAAAAAAUAGGUUGUCUUUUUAAGGUUUCAGAAUCAGUGUUUGAUUGAAGUUUAAGUUCAACUUCAGUAGUUUUCAUGUUACUUACUUAUCUUCAUUGAUUUAUAAUUUUGCAGCCAACGAGUUUAUUAGAAUUAAAGGAUGUCUAAGACACCACAAAAAAUUUGAGGGUGUCUUUGAUCCAAAUCCUAUUGAGAUAGUUGUAGCUUUGUUUAGGUGGGGAAAUUAUGAGUGUUUUGUUUGCCUGAUUAAUUAAUUAUUGAUAGUGUACUUUAUUUAGAAUUUUGGUAAAA